UAACGGGACUACUGCUCCCGGCGGUUCCCGCGCGAUCCUAAAUCCUUUUCUCCUCCCCACUUCCGUCCCCCGCUUCGCCACCCUCCUCCCCCUCUCAACUCGACUCUUUCCCCCUCCCCCCCUCCGCCACCUGCAUCCUCCUCCGCGCACCACUGCGGCCUAGCGGCGCUGCUGGGGAGAACCGACAUGACAGCCACUCUGGGGAGCAGGGAGCACUGGACCGAAGGGAAGAUGUUUAUUCAGCUUUGGUCUGGACAUUGAAAAGACAAUAUAAAGUCCAUAGCAUGGCCCCCACACUCAUGAAUGAUGCGGCUAUGAUUCCUGUCUGCUCCCAGAAAGAGCUCCUGAGUCAGAUAGGAGAGGCUGUUUUUCAGGGACAAUACUUGGCCUAACGGAGGUGCCGUUGCUUUGCAGCAUACAUUGAUGCAUUUAGAAGAAAUAAAUAUCCAGCUGGCAAAACUACUAACAGUACUGACUUCUGUGGAUGUCAUAAUUGUAUGAAUUCUAAGAAGGAAAAGAAGUUUGUGAAUGAAAGAAGUCAGGCUCAGCCUGGAGAAGCUAGCAUGACCUAUACAGAAGAACAGUUACUUGGGGUGCAGAGGAUAAAGAAAUGCAAAAGUUACUAUGAAAUUCUGGGAGUUGGCAGAGAUGCCAGUGAUGAGGAUCUAAAGAAAGCUUACCGAAAACUGGCCCUGAAAUUUCACCCAGACAAGAACUGUGCACCUGGAGCCACAGAAGCUUUUAAAGCAAUAGGGAAUGCUUUUGCCGUCCUCAGCAAUCCUGAUAAAAGGUUACGCUAUGAUGAAUAUGGAGAUGAACAAACAACUUUUGCUGCCCCCCAGGCCAGACCCUAUAAUUAUUACCCAGAUUUUGAAGCUGACAUUACCCCAGAAGAGGUCUUCAAUGUUUUCUUCGGAGGACAUUUUCCUACAGAUGACACACACUUUUACCACCGGCGACACCGAAAUGAGAGGGUACAGACCCAGAAGGAAGAAGAAGAAGAAAAGCCUCAGAAUAUGUAUUCUGCAGUUCUUCAGUUGCUUCCAGUUUUCGUGAUUGUGAUUAUAUCUGUUAUUACUCAGCUGAUGGCCACAAAUCCUCCAUAUAGUCUGUUCUAUAAAUCGUCCAUGGGGUACACCAUUUCCAGAGAAACCGAGAAUCUGCAGGUGCCUUAUUUCGUUGAUAAACACUUUGAAAAAAACUAUAAGGGGUCAUCACUGCGGGACCUGGAGAAGACUGUAGAAAAGGAUUAUAUAGAUUAUAUCCAGUCAAGUUGCUGGAAGGAAAAACAACAAAAAUCAGACUUGACAAAUUUGGCCAGACUGUACCGAGAUGAACGCUUGAAACAGAAAGCAGAGUCACUGAAACUCGAAAACUGUGAAAAACUGUCCAAUCUUAUUGGCCUGCAUAAAGGUGGCUGACAGAAUCAUUGGAGGAUUACCCAAGGGCAUGAAUUUUCCGUAGUUGUUCCUAUUUAUGUUACUAAUUCCAUUUUAUAAAAGAAAAUUAGAAAGUCAAGUCCAUUUUUAUGGUUUGCUGAAAUUCAAGUGGACAGAGCUGAAAAAAAUUGAGCCAUGGAGACAGUUUCCAAUCUUCUCAUAAUCCUUGAUGUAGUCUGAUUCCAAAGGCUAGUUAUGUCAGUUCAUCUAAAUUGAUUUCAUGGGCAUAAGAAUUGGAUUUGACAAUAGUUUUACAGCAUUCCUGACUAUCCUUUGGGGACUCUGUUCCAGAAGUAGAACCAAAACAUAUUCUUUUAUAGGAAGGUAAGUGUAUAUCAUCCAGAAAUAAACAGCCACCAUUUAGUCCCAUGCCACACACAGGCUUUAUAGCUUUAGUUAUUUAUAGCCCAUACACAAAUAAUACCUUUCUAUCAGUUAGAGAUACCAUUUCACCCCCAGAUCACUAGGCAAUAGAACAUGUUUAAAGUGAAUUCUUCAUUAUUUCAUGGCCAUGAGAAGGACAUGCUUAAAAAAAAUAAAAUGAGAUGAUAUUUGUAAAGCACUUUGUAAACUGUAAAACACUAGUUAAUAUCAUAUUAUUCUUAUUAUUGUUCAUAAUAAUAACACAGAUAAUUCUAAACUCUCUUCGUAGCUAAUAGUUUUCACAGCCCAUCUUUUUAUUAGAGUUACUAAGAUUAGCAACAGUCUCUGAUUUGAUUCUCAUCUGAUUUUAAUUUUAUUCUACUCUCCUUUGGUUUAUGUUUCAGUGUACUGUGACAUUGCCAAAAACUCAGCAAUAGGUAGACCAGAGACCAAAGAUGGAAGUAUCUUAGGUCCUAGGCAGUUACAAUUCAUAGAUGAGCUCCUGUUCAAUUAAGAGUUGACUUUUUGUUGCUUCUAAAGAAUAGGACAUUUCUGGACCUCAGGUACUUCAUCUCUAAAAUAUGGAGGUUUGAUUCAGAGAAUUUGGACUCAUUCCCAGUGGUCCAAAAUAAUUGCUAUUUUAAACCUAUCCUUGUGCUCCCACAUAUUUCAGAAUAGACAAGUAUGUGGCAAAAGUAACCUCUUCUUAGGUUUUUCACUUUAACAUGACAUUCAGGCUGAAUUUCUCAUUUAGGGGCAUGAGAAUUAAGGUUGAAAUGGAAAGCUUGCCAGUUAGCAGAUCUGUGUUUAAGAACAAAGAGGUAAAAAGAAAACAGGAUGUAAGCUGAAGUGAUACAGAGUGGAAGAGUGUUCCCUUAAAAUCUUCAUCUUAAUGUUAUUUGUAAUGGCUCUCCCUUCAGCACCAUUUCUCAGCUUGCCUUUAGUCAUCAGGACCUUUCUCCAUAAGAACCUUGUAAACCAAAGAAGAGAUUGCACAGAAUCAGCCCCUUGACACUAAUGCAUUGUUGGUAGAGUUGUGAACUGAUCCAACCAUUCUGGGGGGCAAUUUGGAAUUAUGCCUAAAGGGUUAUAAAAGAAUGCAUACCCCUUGAUCCAGGAAUGCCACUACUAGGUCUGUAUCCCAAAGAGAUAAAAAAUAAUGGGAAAGGACCUGUUUGCUCUUUUUAUGGUGGCAAAGAAUUGGAAACUAAAGGGAUGUCUCUCAGAUGGGGAAUGGCUAAACAAAUUGUGUUAUAUACCAGUGAUGAAAUAUUAUUGUGCUAUAUGGAAUGAUGAACAGGAUGGUUUUAGAAAGAACUGAUGCAGAGUGAAAUAAGUAGAACCAGGAAAACACUGAACAGCAAUAUUGUGAAAUGAUAAAAUGUGAUAGACUUUGCCACCAACAGCAAUGCAGUGAACCAGGACAAUUCUGAGGGACUUAUGAAAAAGAAUGCUAUCCACCUCCAGAGAAAGAACUGCUAGAGUAGGAAUGCAGAUGAAAACAUAUGACUUAUCACUUGUUUAUUUGAGUAUAUGAUUUGAGGUUUUGGUUUUAUAAAAUUAUUCACUUACAAAAAUGAAAAAUAUGGAAAAAUUUAUGGAAUAACACAUGUAUAACCCAGAAAAAAUAAAAAAAAAUUAAAAUUUAAAAAGAAAAAAAAAAGAAUCAGCCCCUUUCCAGGGAGCAUUCCUCUGAUUGUGAAAGGGCAUUUCAUUGGACAUAAUCCUUUGGGUCCUUAUCUUUCUAUGAAGAUGCUCAGGAAGACAGCUAGAAUCCUUCCUACUUAGGACCAGGCCUGAGAUUUGGUGAGCACCUGUUUUCAGGCAUGGAAAAAAAUACAGAGGCCCAUGACUGGCCCUUUCAAAGCCAAAAUUCCCUUUCUCUACAUUCUAGGAAUUCAGGUAUGUGGGUCCUGAAUACAGCAAAGGAUAGGUCUGGGUCCCAGGGCUUUGGUCUCUAAUGACCUGGAGAAUGCCCACAAGUAGGGUGUACUCUAGAGUAAAAAAACUUACUGUUUAUGUGGAUGUUAUAAUUUCAGUGUCCCAAAACCUUGGUUUUUUGGGAUGUUCUUCAAAAGCCCUUGAUAGUUCUUUCGAAGAGAUCACUGUAAAAUUUGUACACAUUUCAAGGAGCCCCCCUCUGGGGAAAAGAUGAACUCCUGUAUAUCUUAAAAUCAGAGCUCUCUUUUUUUUCUAAUUCCUCCUAGAAAUCAAAUUAGCAUGAAAGGAAAUGGGGAAGGGGGGCUUUGCCCUGAUGAAUAGCAUAAGUAUUUAUUUGGCAGAGUCAGAGCAAUUAUUUGUGAAAACUGUUGAGUAAACGUAUCAUUAACACCCAUUAUAUACCAGAGGACAUAUAUGUUUUUAUAGCACUGAUGAGAGUGCUAUAUUUCUUUUUCUCUUUUUUGAAAACCCUUACCUUCUGUCUUAGAAUCAAUAGUGUGUAUUGGCUCUAAGGUAGAAGAGUGGUAAGGGCUAGGCCCAGGGUCACACAGCUGGGAAGUGUCUGAGGUCAAAUUUGAAUCCAGGACCUCCCAUCUUUGGGCCUGGCUCUCCAUCCACUGAGCCACCCAGUUGCCCCAGGUAUAUUUCUUAAUAGAGCAGCACAGUUGCAUUUUUUCCCCCAAUGGAAGGGUUACUUUUUGUUUUGAUUCAUUAUUGGUAAUUCCCAGGAUAUUGUUGCAUAAACAUUUUCCUGUUCAUAUUUCUUAAGUAAGGCGUCUCCAUGACAGUGUCUGCUCCAACCUUUGGAGUGGUCCUUACCAGUAUUAACAUCAUAAGUGAAGUCUGUGCUGCUUCCUGCUGUAAAAGUAGAGCACACUUCUGUGAACUGUUUCCAUGUGAAUUAUUGUGGGUUUGAGACGUGUGUGGGCAGGCUGAGUUGGCACUCGGCUAAGGUACCAUUGUGCUAAAUUAUUUUACGAACAGAAUAUACACGCCUCUUUCUCUUUAUGUUCCAUGCUGAGGAAUGGGGGAGGAAAGGAAAAUCUUUCUUGCCUCCAGAGGACUUCACAUCUUGGGAAGAGAAAAGUCAUCUCAGGGUCAGUCUACCUGCUUGCUGUAAAGCUCCAGUCCAGUCACCAGGCCAGAUCUGAAACCGACUGACUUUACUCACAAUUGGCUGCCUGAGAGAAGGGACCAGGCAAAGGAUGCUGCUGGAUAUGGCUUUUGUUUCUUGAACUGCUAGAAACUACCCUGGAUUCUAAGCCAUAUAAGUAUGUGGGAAGCACUCAGUAGUCAAGAUAAAUUCUGCAUUUUGAUAGUCACAGAACAAAAGAAAUACUUGCUUCCUUAGUGACUAUUAUGAGAAUGUACAUUAAGCACAUAAACACACUCUUCCAUUAAGCAAACCAUGGCUGAACAUUGAAACUCUGUCUGCAUGCUUAAUCACUUUACAGGAACUAUAUUUUGUAUUUAUUUUAGACUCACUUCCUUUAAGAUGCCAGCUUAGCUAGCAUCCAAGCAUUUCUUUUCUAAGAGUAGAGUUACUAUUGGUUUGAGAUUUUAAGCCUGCAUUGUAUUUACUCUGGCAAAGAAAUGUUGACUACAAGUAAUGUUGUCUGCCUGUUUUUUGAAAAUUGAUUGUACCAUUUGGAUGUGCCUCUGUAAAAUUGGAAUUAAAAUUAUGAAUGCUCUCAA